UUGAUUCCAAGCGUCUCCCUCAAACUUUGGCACUGAAGUUGCAACAUCUACCGUCAUCGCUUGGAAAAAAACAACCAACCUGUGCAAUCAAGGCACUGCAUAGAAGACUAUGGGGAAAUUCAGAAUUAUCCUUCUUUUGUGCCUUGGCUUUCUUCUAGUCCAUGUAAGAGGUCAACGUGAUUUUGAUUUAGCUGACGCCCUGGAUCACCCAGAGGACAUAAUUACCAGGAAGCCUACAGUGAUCAGAAGACCGACAAGGCCUGUGCUGAACAAUGAUCUGCAUUUAGGAGAUGCUCUUGGUGGGGGUGACAUCCCAAGACAACCUUUAUACCCACCUCUUCCACCACGACCGGGAAGCCAUAGUAAUUUUGGAGGUUUUGAUGACUCAGAUCUCAUUGAUGGGAAGCCUUUACCACCACACAUAACAGGAGAAGAGGAGCAUCAUUUCAAUCAUGGAGGAAACACGGAUUCGGGAUUAAUAGCUGGAGUUACAUCUCCUAUAAUUUCUGCUUUUGUAAUAUUAGUUGUUGGAUCGAUAGCAGCCUACUCUGCUUAUAAGAACAAGAAACUUUGCUUCAAACCACAUGGUGGGGCUACAGUGUAAGCCGCUGAAAGAAGAGCUGCCCUCUGAUCACAGGCUCCUUUGGUUGGUGACAUUCAGCCCAUGAAUCUGACAUUUUUUUUUCUACUUUAUGAUUCUGACAAAAGAAAAUCUUCCUCUAAUGAAUGUUUUGUUGAGACAUUGCAAUCCUACUCUCUUUUAUCCGAUGUCGCUCCCGCACUUUGAGCUUUAUGUCAUCAAAGACAUGCUUA